AUUUUAAUGAAUUAAAAAGAAAAUCUCUUAUUAAAAAUGACUCACGACACAAAAAAUUGUCGUUUAUGUCUCUGUAAAUGCGAAAAUCCCCGAGAUUUGCUGGUAGAAACGACUUUUGCCUCAAAAGUCAUGGAAAUUCUCCCCAAAGUUCAAAUUUCUCCGGAAAAUGGCUUCUCAAACAUGAUUUGUGACUUUUGCUACAACACAGUUGAACAGUUUUACGGAUUUUAUGAGCUCGUAAAUACAAACCAAGAAGCUUUGAUGAGCGUUGAAAUCCACGAAAUGAAGGAAGAGAUUUUUGCUGUUCCAAUUGAGGCUCCUGUAGAUGUAAAAAUCCACGAAGAUCUCGAUGAACGAGGAUGGUUUGAUAAAGUUGAAGCUCCUUUGAUUGAACCGCCGUUGGAAGAAAUUCGUAAAAUUGCUGAAAAAUCAAAGAAAAAAGUUGCAAAAGAUAAAAAACCUAAAGUUGUCGUCGAAGCGCUUGAAAAUUUGGAUUAUUUCGAGUUAAUUAAACUUCCGCCGUCUUAUACUUGCAGCUUUGUAUGUCCUUUGUGUCCCAAGAGAUCAACUGAGAGAUUCGGUACAAAGCAAGAACUUCAAUCGCACAUCAUGGAAAAGCACAAGAAUCGUUCAAGCGAAGCAAAAUUAGAGGAUUUGCACGUUCAAUGCGACAUUUGCAACAAGCCCGUGAAAAAAUUCCAUCAAAAUCCGGAUCACAAAUAUUUCCAUUACGGCAUAAAACCUUACAAAUGUGAUCUUUGUGACUUUGAAUCUCACACAAGAAGCACUUUGAGGGGUCAUAUGCGACAAUUACAUUCCACAUUAGCCAAACAUAUCGUUUGUUUUUAUUGCCGGAUCGAGUUUGGAUCAACUUUCGCCCGUAAUGAGCAUGUUUUGAAGGCCCAUCCCGACCAAUUGAUGACUUGUGACUUUUGCGGCGAGAAAUUACUCGGUCGAUAUUGGGCGAAAUUGCAUUUUACCAAACAUAUCGAUGAAAAAUUGACCAUCGAGUGUGAAAGAUGUCCCGGCGGUGUGAGAUUUCACAGCGAAAAGGUCCUGCAACUGCAUCGAAAGCAGCAUUUACGCGAAGAUAAGACACGAAAACGGUUCGCUUGUAAUUUGUGUGAACGAAAAUUCAACAGUGAAGCCGCCUUUGAGCGUCAUUUGCGGUAUCAUGCCAAGGGACACAUGGUUGCGUGUCAUAUUUGCGGUAAAACGGUGCAAACCAACUCUUAUUUGCAGAUGAAAUCUCACGCGAGGACACAUAAAAAAGUUGAAGUUCAGGAAUUCAAGUGCGAAAAAUGCGAUGAGGUGUUCCAAAGUCGCUACAAACUCACAAGACACGGAAAUGUCGUUCAUAAUCUCAAUCAGGUCACUUGUCAUUUGUGUGGAAAGGUAUUUGCGGAGCAAGAUUUGAAACGACAUUUGGUUUAUUGCAAUGCGGGCGAGCUGAAAUGUCGUCAUUGCCCGAUGACAUUCACGAAAGAGUCCGCGAGACAAUUGCACAACAAUAAAUUCCAUACGGGAUUCAAAUGUCGACGGUGCAACAUCGUUUUUGAGAAUCGAACGCAAAUGGAUGCGCAUCAGAGGUACGACGAGUAUCACGUAAGCACUAAAAGUAAGAAAAAUAUCGUCAAAAAAGAAAAACGGAAAUAA